CGCCUUCUGAAGAAGCGUCGGUGCCGGCUCCUGGGGUUGCCUGACUAAUCGCCGACUCCGGCGGCGCCGGCGGCGGUUAGUGCGACCGAGCACUGAGCUGCCUUUGUGGGAACAAUGCUUUUCCUCUAGAAUGUGAGCAUUAUGGUGAAGAAAAGAUACUGCCAUCAACAGUAUAACUCUGUCAUAGAAUUCCUGUAAAUACUAGUAAAUACUGCUGGCGUGCAUUCUGGAGAUACAUUUUUGCUACAGAUAUUACCAAAGCUUUGCGAAUGGGAUGAACACGCUGCUGUUGACUACUUACUGACAGUAACCAGCUUGGCACUUUACCAGUGAUGUUUCCAUUCUCGCGUUGUCCAGUUGGAGUUUGCUUAUACUGAUUCUUAAAAAGAGAAAGAAAUCAAAGUGGAGUACCGUAAACUUGGCAUGGAUACUAAAAAGAAAGACAAGGACAAGCCAGAUGAAAGAAUGCCACGGCCUAGUGGGAGGUCAGGCCAUAAUCCACGUGGAACUGGUUCUUCAAAUUCUGGAGUGUUAAUGGUUGGACCUAACUUCAGAGUUGGCAAAAAAAUUGGAUGUGGUAAUUUUGGAGAACUACGGUUAGGAAAAAAUUUGUACACAAAUGAAUAUAUGGCAAUUAAGCUGGAGCCAAUGAAGUCGAGAGCACCACAGCUACAUUUGGAAUACAGAUUCUACAAGCAGCUAGGAUCUGGAGAUGGAAUACCUCAGGUUUACUAUUUUGGCCCAUGUGGCAAGUAUAAUGCUAUGGUGCUAGAAUUACUUGGACCUAGUCUGGAAGAUUUAUUUGACUUGUGUGGUAGGACAUUUUCUCUUAAAACCGUUCUUAUGAUAGCCGUACAGUUGAUUUCUCGUAUGGAAUAUGUCCAUUCAAGGAACUUGAUAUACAGAGAUGUAAAACCUGAGAACUUCUUAAUAGGACGACCUGGAAACAAAACCCAGCAAAUUAUUCAUAUUAUAGAUUUUGGUUUGGCAAAGGAGUAUAUAGAUCCAGAAACAAAGAAGCACAUACCGUACCGAGAACACAAGAGCCUUACAGGAACAGCUAGAUACAUGAGUAUAAAUACACAUUUAGGAAAAGAGCAAAGUAGAAGAGAUGAUUUGGAAGCUUUAGGUCAUAUGUUUAUGUAUUUUCUCAGAGGAAGCCUUCCAUGGCAAGGUUUAAAGGCUGAUACAUUAAAAGAACGUUACCAGAAAAUUGGAGACACAAAACGAGCAACCCCUAUAGAAGUAUUGUGUGAAAACUUCCCAGAGGAAAUGGCUACAUACCUACGUUAUGUAAGAAGGCUAGAUUUUUUUGAAAAGCCAGACUAUGACUACUUAAGAAAGCUCUUCACAGACUUACUUGAUCGGAAAGGCUAUAUGUUUGAUUAUGAAUAUGACUGGAUGGGCAAACAAUUGCCUACUCCAGUGGGUUCAAUACAUGCAGACCCUGCACUGUCUUCAAACAGAGAAGCUUAUCAGCACAGAGAUAAAAUGCAACAAUCCAAAAAUCAGUCAACAGACCAUAGGGCAGCUUGGGACUCACAGCAAGCCAAUCCACAUCAUUUGAGGGCUCACCUAGCAGCUGACAGACAUGGUGGCUCGGUACAGGUAGUAAGCUCAACAAAUGGAGAACUGAACACGGAUGACCCAACUGCAGGCCGUUCAAAUGCACCCAUCACGGCUCCUGCAGAAGUAGAAGUAACAGAUGAAACUAACUGCCAGAAAGUGUUGAACAUGUGGUGCUGCUGUUUUUUCAAGCGGAGGAAAAGAAAAACCAUGCAGCGCCACAAAUGACUAGAACCAAGGAUAACAUGGGAAAUUGCUUUUUUGUUCAACUACUGUCUUGUGACCUUAAAAAGAAAAAAAAAACCACCUCCGUAAUGGCCACAUGUUUUCCAAGGACUCCCUUGCAAACAAUGUCAUGCCUGUGUGCUUUGAUUUGGUUCUCCUGCAUCCAUCUUUUGUUUCUUUAAUUCAUCUAUUCUGAAAGCUUUAAGGUUUUGUCAAAUAUGAGUGCUUCUUUGACCAUCAACAAAUGGACCAAUGAAAUGGUACAAAUGAACAGUAUCUUCAGCAAAACUAAACUUGAAAAGUAUUUCUCCUGUCAUAGGAAGUACUAGCAGUGUCUUAGCUGAAGACAGAUGUCAUAAAUGUAUUAUUUGAGUUCGUAAGAGCAUAUCAAAAGCAGUUUUCUUCAAGAAUGCAGAAGACAAAUACAGAUGCACAACCAUGUAGAAAAAUAAUAAAAUCUUCAGAUUUCUUCUCUUUCCUGAGACCUGCACUGUUUUGGUUUUUUUUUUUUUCCUUUUCUCCCAGUAUUACUGGUGAUGCUUGUAGUCAAGUUGUAUCAGCAUUAAAUCCUGUGUGUGAUACCAUGGUACAGUCACUGUCUAGAGAUACCGAGGAGGCUGAUUUAAUUGUUGACAGUUUUCUAAAUGCUGGCGAUACUAAUGAACAGAAAGUAUUUCCAGUAGCCUCAGGGUUUGAAAGUGUGCGUUUGUUACGCCUACAAUGGAACUGCAGUACAGUAGAAAAGACAAGAAUGUUUGUACAAAGAGUACAGAAUUUAAGUUGUGCUUCCAGUAAUGUUAGUAAGAUUGAAAUACCUUCAAAAAAAGAUAUAGAGAGUAAUUUUAAAAGAAGAAAUAAAUGAAUCUGGUUAAAGUGGAAUAAGUAUUAAAGCCUAUAUGUUCACUAAGGUAAUUGAUGAUUGACAACAUCUUUAACUUGAAAAUAUGGAUGUGCCAUGUAAUGUUAGAGAUCUAAUGUUAGAGUAAAUUAUUUUAGUCCUUAAUUGAGAAAACAAAUGCAGUGGAAGUGAGUACUAGCCCAUAGCACCUAAAAUUU